UUUUCUGCAACAUAUUUCUGUGCUCCCGGAAAAAGCGCCAAACAAGAAUACAGGAGGAGGAAAAACAAUCUACGAGAAACAGAAAUCAUACAAGAAUUAAAGCUCUGUUCUCUGUUUCUGGGUUCCUCUCUAGCUAUUUCAUGGAACAUGAAGUCACCAGCCAAUCCUAUAUUAUUGGGUGCAGGGCUAAGUGGGAGAUCAUGCAGUAGGUUUCUCCCUUCAGCUUCUUUGAUAUUUGUAGUUCUUCUGCUGGGGAGUGCAUUUAUAUUAUUAGAAUUCAAUGAGAAAUCAUCAUUUGGGAAAGUCAAAAACAGUUUACAUAGUUUAAAUUUCAAAUGCAAGACUCAAAGGCGACCUUAUGGAAGUGAAACAUUGCCUAGAGGUAUCGUCUCCCAGACUUCUAAUCUGGAAAUGCGGCCAUUAUGGACAGUACCAAACAAGCGACCAUUAAGGUCGUAUCAGAAAAGUGCAAAUUCCUCGAUGAGCUUGUUAGCGAUGGCCGUUGGGAUCAAGCAGAAAGAUCUAGUCGGUAAAAUGGUCAAAAAGUUUCUGUCAAGUGGUUCUGCUGUGAUGCUUUUUCAUUAUGAUGGCAACGUUGAUGAGUGGAAGCAAUUUCCAUGGAAUGAUCUUGUUCUUCAUGUGUCUGCAGUCAAUCAAACAAAAUGGUGGUUCGCAAAGCGUUUCUUACAUCCUGAUAUAGUUGCUCAGUACAGUUACAUUUUUCUUUGGGACGAGGACCUUGGAGUUGAAAAUUUCAAUCCUCAAAGGUAUCUGUCCAUUAUUCGCACCGAAGGGCUUGAAAUUUCACAACCAGCGCUUGAUUAUUCCAAGUCAGAGAUCCAUCAUCAAAUUACUGCACGCGUGAAAGGAUCAGUAGUGCACAGAAGGACUUAUAAGCCUAAUGCCAAUGGGACUGGCUGUGAUGAACACAGUACAGCUCCUCCUUGUACCGGGUGGAUAGAACUGAUGGCUCCGGUUUUCUCUCGAGCUGCCUGGCGUUGCGUAUGGUAUAUGAUCCAGAAUAAUUUGAUCCAUGCUUGGGGACUAGAUAUGCAGCUAGGCUAUUGUGCACAGGGUGAUCGAACGAAGAAUAUUGGUGUUGUAGAUGCCGAGUACCUAAUUCACUACGGCCGCCCUACUUUGGGGGGUCCAGAUGAAAAUGAGAAAUCACCUCAGUCUAGUCACUCUAGUGCAAAGGACCAUAGAGUUGAUGUGAGGAGGGAAUCCUACAACGAAAUGAAGAUCUUCAAACGAAUAUGGGAAAAAGCUGCAAAGAAGGAUGAGUGUUGGACUGAUCCAUACCCUGUUAACAGUAGCCGGCACUAAGCAGUGAAUGUUCUUGUUUCUGUUCGUGGUGGAAAUGUAAAAUCUACAGCUUAUAGAAGAAAAAGUCAGUAAGAAAUCAACUCCAAUUUUUGUAAACUAUUAGUCAAAGAAUCUCAUUCAAAUCUAUCUUCCUAAAAGCUACUGCUGUCGAAUCCUAUUCAUUUAUGUAAAAACAAUUUUGUA